CAACUUGCACAAAUACAUCUUUUAUUUUUGAAUAGGUUGUAUAGUACGUUUUUGGUAUUUUUAAGUUUCUAUGUGAUAUGCAUUUAAAAAAAAACGAUCUUGAAAAAGAGAAAUAUUUAUCCAAAUAAAGCUUUCACGGAAGUAUUUUAAUUAGAGACGAUAAGCUUUCGAUCCUUUUUCUAAAUGCAGUUUCGAGGAGAAUAACAAACUACCUCUAAAAUGUCUUCGCAUACUUAUGACGCUUCUUAUAGCAUAAUUUAAUUCAUUUGAAUCAUUUUUUAAGCUGAAAAAUUUUUAAAUACAUAAUAAGAUAUAAAUGAACAAUUAUAGCUAUUUUCUGUUAGACGUUUCGUCUUUAUUCAAAAGACAUUAUCAGUCGAAUGUGACAAUGGAUAGUUGAUUCUUUGAUUCUGAAGGCAGAAUCCGGUCGUUUCUUCAUCACCGUGCGAUCUUUCUUUGGUAAAGAUCAUUUCUCUGUUUAACAUUGCAAACGUUUUACGUUUUUUCCUUCAUCUAUUAGAUCGAUGGAGAAAAACAAACUUCGUUGUAUUCAUCUGUAGUGCAAAUUGUUUACAAAGGUUUGGAGAACGAAGAAAAAGAAAAACAUGUAAUAUUAAAUUCAUAUGAUUGUUCCUCAGAUAUCAGUAAGAGAACUUUAAUCCAUCUUUUAGUCUAGAUGUGUGUACCUUUUAUCAGUUUUUUUUAGGUUUUGCAGAUGACGGUUUAUCUUGUCGAAGUGAACAAGAAAAACCUCGAGGUGGAGUACGCUCCAAUAAAGGUGUUAAAGGCAAAGGAAAAUAUUAUUUUGAAAUAACACAAUUAUCAUUCGAAGGCGACGUACGAGUUGGAUGGUCAAUACCUAAUGCUGCUAUUGACUUAGGAACAGAUAGUAGAGGUUUUGGCUAUAGUCGAACUGCAACAAAAGCAGUAUCAGCUUUUUUCUCUAGUUAUGGUGAAACUUAUGGUAUUAACGAUACAAUUGGGAGUUUACUUGAUUUGGAUUUAAUGAGAAUACGAUUUCAUAAAAAUGGUAAAGAUCUUGGUCACGCAUUUGAUAUUGAUGCCCCGUUACAAACAAACGCCUUCUUUGCACAUGUUUGUUUGAAAAAUUGUGAAAUUAAAGUAAACUUUGGAGCUGAACCAUUUAAAUCAUUGCCAAAUGGAUAUGUCUCCAUUAUUGAUGCUCCUGCCGACUGUGUUAAUGAAUCUCAAGUUAAAGAAAUGUCUACGGAUUCACUAAAAUCUCGUCAUCAUAGUGCUCCAUUGGCAAUUUUUAUGAAGCAAUCACGAGAAUUAGCUGCACAAACAUUGAAUCAAAUGCAACAACUUGCAACAAAUUUCGGUUUUUCUAAAAUUCGUCAAUUAUUAAUUGUGAAUGCGUCACCAGUGACAGAAAACGCAGAUGCUUUGAAAGACGGUUCUGAUAUCAUUGUUACUACACCCGGACGUCUAUAUGAAUUAGUAAAUGGAGAUCAAAUUAAUUUGUCCCAAAUGCGGUUCUUCGUUUUUGCAGAUGCUUUCAAUCAAAGUAUAGGUAAAAAAUACGAUGACCUUGAACUCCGUCGUCAAAUGGAACAACGAGAAACCAAUGGACGUAAUGUAAAACGGAAAGGUCGACCACAAUCCAAAGCCGAACGACGAAAGAAAAAGGAACAAUUAUUGGCAACACUUCAACAGCAGGAAGAAUAG